CUCUUCGUCGGCAACAUCUCCUACGACAUGACCCAGGGCGACCUGGACCAGAUCUUCGGCCCCUACGGCCAGCUCACGGACACCUUCCUCCCCACGGAGCGCGAGACGGGCCGCCCGCGCGGCUUCGCGUUCGUCACGUUCUCGAGCCCGGCCGAGGCGCAGGCGGCGAUCGCCGCCGUCGACGGCCAGGACAUCGACGGCCGCGCGCUCCGCGUGAAC